CGGCCCAAUUAGAAAAUCACGUCCAAGAUCUGGAAUCACCUUACCCGUCGUGUGCCAAUUCAUCCGAUCCGGCAUCUCUCUACGGCUCAUCUCAGCCAGACGGUCGACGCUGUAUUGCUCUCUCCAUUUCCAGCUCCUCUUCCCCUUAGGUCGGACGCAGUCUACACCACCCCGUUCGUCUAGUAUCCCGAGACAUGUUUGAUAAUCUUGGAGCGCAACCUGGAGUGCUCAGGCCACCAACUAAUGUGCAGCAAAAUGCAUUUGGGAAUGCAUUCUAUGGCGCAGGGUCUGGUUUAAUAAGAGGCGGGUUGGGUGCUUAUGGAGAGAAAAUUCUUGGUUCAAGUUCUGAAUACGUCCAAAGCAAUAUCAGUAGAUACUUUUCUGAUCCGCAAUACUACUUCCAAGUCAAUGACCAAUAUGUGAGGAACAAAUUGAAAGUUGUACUUUUCCCAUUCCUGCAUAGGGGACAUUGGACAAGAAUCACAGAGCCAGUAGGUGGCAGGCUUUCCUAUAAGCCCCCAAUUUAUGACAUAAAUGCUCCAGAUUUGUACAUACCCUUUAUGGCAUUUGGCACCUAUGUUGUUCUUGCUGGUUUAUCAUUGGGUCUCCAGGGAAGGUUUAGCCCAGAAGCAAUAAAUUGGCUGUUCAUGAAGGGUUUGGUGGGGUGGUUUUUACAAGUUACAUUGCUGAAGAUGACACUUUUCUCUCUUGGGAGUGGAGAAGCACCUUUGCUGGAUAUUGUCGCUUAUGCAGGAUAUUCCUUUGCGGGGUUGUCUAUAGCUGUCUUGGGAAAGAUCUUCACGAGCUACUCGUACUACUUUUUGAUGCCAUGGGCGGGUCUCUGCAUGGGGGUAUUUCUGGUAAAGACAAUGAAGAGAGUGCUCUUUACUUACGAUUCUAGUAGGCAUCAUUAUCUCCUCCUCUUCAUUGCCUUGGCUCAGUUCCCCCUUCUGUUUUGGCUCGGAAAUAUUACCACUAGUUGGUUCUUAUGAAGAUAUGAACUGUAUGCAUGCUCACGCAGUAACAGAAUGGACAAUUUUCUUAGAUAAUUUUGUUCUUUUUACAGUAAUAUUGUUUGGUGCUUUGACGAAUCUGUUACAUUGUAUCAUCUUUGUCCAACAAAAUGUGCCAUGCAGCGAUAGACUGUUGCUCACUGUAUAUUUCACUUUCUAAUUUUUGCGCCACAAAAACUUGUAGAUUCAUUUCUGUACAUUAAAAAGUAAAGCUAAUGGAUAUAUUUUGAGCUUGUUUUGCAAGGCACAUACUUACCGAGAUUGAUUCGUUUUGGUGCAAUAACGUUC